AUGACGGCGAUGGCGAGUUUCACCCCGAUUAAUGGUAAGCCAAUCGUUGCUAGCACUCGCAUCCUGGACGAUCUGCUUCGAAUGGGCCUCGGGUUCAAAGGCCUGCUCGUGACCGACUAUGCCGAGAUUAACAAUCUCAAGGACUGGCACCGGGUUGCCAAGACCUACGACGAUGCUGUAGCUAUAGCGGUAAUGCAGACAUCGAUCGACAUGAGCAUGGUGCCGAAUGACGCGAAAUUUAUCAAUCAAACGCUGAGAGUGCUGGAGAAGCACCCGGAACAGGAAGCUCGUCUGCGAGAAUCGGCGAAGCGUGUUGUGAAGACGAAGUUGAAGCUGGGCUUGUACGAGAACCCCAUCCCUGGGGAUCAGUAUGUCUCGAUGGUGGGCAACGACGACGACGUGCAGACAGCGUUGGCAAUCGCUCGCGAAUCGAUUGUGCUCAUGAAGAAUGCGGAAAACGUCCUACCGCUGCCAAAUACAGCUUCCGUCUUUCUCACGGGUCAUUCUGCUGACAAUGUUGGCUACCAGUGCGGUGGAUGGAGCAAGGCGUGGCAAGGGUACUCGGGGAAUGUGAUGUUUCCCAACGGCGUGAGCGUUCGCCAGGGCUUCGAAGGCCUUGUUGGUAACAGCUCGUUCACUUACUUCAACGGCUUGCAAGCGAACGGCAGUAUUUCGGACGCGGACUUGGCAACAGCUGUGAAGCAAGCUAGCGAGCACGAGUACACGGUUGCUGUGAUCGGUGAGGGAACCUACGCUGAAAAGCAAGGAGACAUCAAUGACUUGGCACUGCCUGCCGGUCAGGUGAGGUACAUUGAGGCUCUCAGUAAGACGAGCACCAAGGUGAUCGUUGUGUUGUUUGGAGGCCGCCCUCGUCUACUUGGUUCGAUCCCUGAUAACUCGAUGGCCAUCAUUAACGGUAUGCUGGCUUGUGAGCUCGGUGGCAAGGCAAUGGCUGAGAUCAUUUAUGGUGACGUGAACCCGAGCGGUCGACUGCCGCUCACGUACCCGAAGAACCCGGCAAACAUUGCCAUUCCGUACAACCACCUCGUCAGUACCCGCUGUGCCAACGACAGCUGCGAGAUGGAAUUUGACUUCGGAACGGGUCUCAGUUACACGCAGUUCAACUACACUGGUUUGAGUCUGGACACGACUCGGCUGACUAGUGCAUCCGCAACCGUCACUGCGACAGUGACGGUGACGAACACGGGAAGCCGUGCUGGUAAGGAGACGGUGAUGCUGUUUGUGAUCCAACCGUACCGCUUGAUCUCAGUGCCGGAGAUGAAGCUUCUGAAGAAAUUCAAGAAGAUUGAGCUGCAGCCUGGUCAGUCGAUGGACGUCUCGUUCACGCUGACAACGGACGACUUGAGUGUCUAUGACCCGCAGAUCGGCAAAGGUUUGAAACGCGUGUUUGAGGACAGCGACUAUGUCGUGGCCAUCAAGCCCGAGACGAAUUGUGACGUAUACAACAACGUCACAAACCCGUUGUGUGCAGAGUUCAGCAUUGACACUAGCGGUGAACCAGCGGCCGUCGAGCCCAGCAAUGAAGCAGCGCCCGACCAGACAAACACUGUGCCCGCAUCGCCCGUCAUCAAUGAUGUGAUGCCUCCUAUGUAA